AUGAGUCUAAGGCAAAAUAUAUGGAUUUCAACAGAAAAAACCCUGAUAAUUGGUUAUGACGUUGCUCAUCCUGGGACACGUGAUGAACUCAUGAACAAGAUGCCGCUACAGAAGCCAAGUGUUGUUGGGUUCUCAUCCAGUGUGGCUGUAUUCAUUGGCGACUACCACUACCAGACACCACGCGGCGAGCAGGUUAUUGAGGACGAAUUCAAAGCCAUAAAGCAGGCCUGCGGAAUUCGGAAGACUUCACGGGAGAAACUCAUGGGUUCCGAGAUUCACAGUGUGAAGGCAUCAGUGCCUGGUACUGUGAUGGGAAUGGACGUUGUGCAGAAUGACCUCACAGAGUUUUAUAUGCAGAGCCAUCAUCCUGUGCAGAAAGAGUUUGGCACCUCGAGCGAAAGCAGAGAACCGUUACGAGAACACGAAAAAAGAGCUGAAGCGGCAUUACCAGCUGUGCCGUCCCCAAAUAAGUAA